AUGGGCGCGAACUUUAACCUUUCGGCGUCCUUGAAUAUAUUCAAGCUCCUGGCAAACCCUUCCCUAUGUCUGCCUCACGCGGCCGUCUCGACCUUCAAGGACCUGCCCAUCCCUUUGGACUCAGCCUUCCAGCGGAAGGGUGAGGUCAAUAUCAAAGCAGUCGUGCUUGACAAGGACGACUGCUUUGCAGUUCCAGAGACAAACGAGGUCCACAAGUCAUAUCAGGAAAGAUUCGAGGCACUAAAGGCUGCAUACCCAGGCAGGCGCCUCUUGAUUGUGUCCAACACAGCUGGCGCACUCAGCUACGAUACCAAGGCUCAGCUGGCAUCAGAGCUUGAGAAGGCCACAGGUGUGAAGGUGCUCUCCCACCAGACCAAGAAACCUGGAUGUGGCUCCGAGAUCAUGGAGUAUUUCCGGAGUCACCCCGAAACUGGUGUCUCCAACCCCAGCCAAGUUGCCAUUGUUGGUGACAGGCUCUUCACCGACAUGAUGCUUGCCAACAGCAUGGGUAGCUAUGGUGUCUGGAUCAAAGAUGGUGUCGUCCCACUUCAUCAGAAGAGUAUUUUCUCAAGAAUGGAGCAGAAACUGGGACCAUUUCUGCUUGCCCGAGGAUAUAAGCCCCAGGACCCGGGAAGCCCAUUCGAAUAG